UUAAAUUCCAUUCCAUUUCUAGGCCUUUGGAGCGUCACUUACACACAAAAACGUUCCGCAAGAUUCCACAAGCUCUUCCAAAUUUUCAGUUAUCACGACUUAGAUUUUUGGAGGAGCUUGAGCCACCAUCUUGUGCCCUAGCCAUACCGUGCAAACACCAUGUGGUAUACUACGGCAACCAAUCCGAGAAUGGCCCUCAUAAGACAGGGCUACCAGAUCCUGGCCGAGUACAACCUGGUAAAGGAGGAACUGAAGAACAUCUAUGCGAUUCCUAGCUAUGCCUGUGGACUGCACUGGUUCGGCGUGAUUUUCGUGCACAGUGGAAUCUAUGCUGGCAGCGUGUUUCGCUUCUCCAUUCUACUGCCGGAAAAUUUCCCGGACGAAUUCAUCCUGCUAACUGUGGUCUUCUCGACGGCCAUCCUUCAUCCGCACAUCUGCCCGGAAAAUAGAACGCUCGAUCUGACGCCCUUCUUCAAGGAGUGGCGCAAGGAGCAACAUCACAUCUGGCACUUGCUCCGCUAUAUCCAGGCCAUAUUUGCCGAUCCCGAGGGCAGUAUCUGUACCGGCCAAUCGUCCUCGGGCGAUCUCGUCGUCAUGGAUGCGGUCAACAACAUGGAGGCCUUGAACAUGUUGGCCAAUAGUCGGCCCGAGUAUAUCAAACGGGUCCAGGAACAGGCCAUUACCUCGCGACUUCGCAUGUACGACCGACCACAAACGGAGGAUCCCCACUAUAUCAUCGUGGAGCCCUAUUGUGCGGAACGGCAUCUGAAGUUUAUGGACCAGCUGAAGAGUCCCUGCUGGAAGGAGGCCACUUCAAUGGACUGUUCGCAGCCGUCGGAGUAUCUGGGCCAUAUCGAUUCCUCCAGGCAGCUGGAUGAGGAGCAGGCCAAUCAGCUGGAGAAGCUGCACAUCGGGCAGAUACCUGAAUCCCAGCGUGAUGAAGCUGUGAAUGUCGAGUAG